AUGGAAUCCGCCAAGGUCCCCGUCAAGCUCGUCAAGGUCACCCGCGUCCUCGGCCGUACCGGCUCCCGCGGUGGUGUUACCCAGGUCCGCGUUGAGUUCAUGGACGACACUACCCGUUCCAUCAUCCGCAACGUCAANGGGUCCCGGUACGAUUCUUUCGCCUUGCGAUCCACUCGCCCUGUCUCAAAUACUAACACCACGUCUCCAGUCCGUGAGGACGACAUCCUCUGCCUGCUCGAGUCCGAGCGUGAGGCCCGCCGUCUCCGAUAA